AUGUACGGGAAUCAGUGUAUAUCACCCAUGAUGCAACUACUUAUUUCGCUACGAUUUUAUGCCACUGGGAGUUUCUAUAUCACUGUUGGAGAUUUUGGUGGCAUUCAUAGCUCCACUAUGUGCCAUAUAAUAAAAAAAGUUACAAAAGCUAUAGCAACUUUGAGGCCAACAUUCAUUCAAUUGCCAAGAGGCAGUGAAGCAAUAAGAAAAACCCAGGAAGAAUUUUAUAAAAUAGCUAGAUUCCCUAGAGUGAUUUCAGCCAUAGAUGGCACCCACAUUAGGAUUCAAUCGCCUGGUGGAAACACAGCAGAGGUAUUUAGAAAUAGGAAAGGCUUUUUCUCAUUUAAUGUCCAAGCAAUGUGUUCGUCAGAUUUGAUAUUUCAAGACAUAGUAGCUCGUUGGCCUGGCUCGAGCCAUGACAGUAUGAUAUUUGCAAAUUCAUCGGCAAAAUUCCAUUUUGAGAAUGGUGAAUUUGGCAAUGGCAUUGUACUUGGUGAUAGUGGUUAUGAACAAACCAAUUACCUAUUGAUUCCUUUUCAAAACCCAAAUACGCCAGCUCAGAGUUUGUAUAAUGAAUCACAAAUAAGAACAAGGAAUGUAAUAGAGAGAUGUUUUGGUGCAUGGAAGCGACGCUUCCCAGUGUUAAGCAUUGGAUUAAGAUGUAAGUUGCCACUUGCUCAAGAUGUAAUUGUAGCCUGUGCAAUAUUGCACAACUUAGCAAGAAUGAAAAAUGAAGAGGAACCACCAAACGAUCCAGAAGUACACAUUCCACCACCACCAAUAUUUGACCCCAUCAUUGCCAAUCCCACUGGACAAGAAAGGUACUUAACUAGAAAUAUAGUGUUAGAAUAUUUUAAUUCCUUGAAUAAUAGUAAUAAUUAA